GAAAUUACUUUUUUCGAUCAGUGGCAACCCAGGCCUCAGCCUUGUAAUAUGGCCGCUACAGGCAAGAAAUCAAAAAAAGCAAAAUGGGUCAAAGCCAACAUGGGUGUCAUCAUUGCGGAGCCGACGACAAUAAGCACCACAAACACUUGGGCAGACCCUGCAGAUGAGGAAACCGAAAGCUACAGCUAUAGCACACGUUCGCGGGCGCCCGUGGUGCUACCCUCAGCAUCGCGUGCAGCCCGCGGCGGCAUGGCUGUGGACGAAGAGAGCAUACCACGACGACCACCCUACAUUGCACAUGUCUCCAACCUACCUUAUGAUGUAGAGGAGAGUGCUAUAGCUGAUUUGUUUGAGGGCCUCAAGAUCACUAAUUUGAGAUUACCCAGAGAGGGUGGUCGACUAAAAGGAUAUGGAUAUGUGGAUUUUGAAGACAGAGAGAGUCUUGUUAGCGCAAUGAACAUUGAAGAUCUGACAGUUGGCGGUAGAAGAAUAAGAAUAGAAGUUUCCAACAAUGAUAAUGAUCGUCGCAUGGGUAGAAGUGGCAGAUCUGAUCGCGAUAGGGACUACGACCCGGAGCGCACGAUGGGCGACUGGCGGUCGGGGCCGCGCGCGCAGCCCGAGGCGCAGGCGCGCGCUCGCCCCAUGGAGCGCGACAGGGACCGCGACAGGGAACGAGACCGCGAACGGGACUCCAGUGUAGAUAACAAGCCGGGUGGGUGGCGCGACGGGGAGCGACAGGCGCCCGCUGAACCAGCUAGGACUUUGUACGGCGGUCGGGACUCCUAUGGCCGCGAUCGUUAUGGCGAAGGUGGAAGAGAGCGCGGCGGGGGCGGAGGCUUCAGCCGCGACGGCGAGCGCGGGGGCUUCGGUGCCCGAGAAGGGGGCUUCCGAUCUGAUAGAGAAGGAUACGGAAGUCGCGAAGGCCGAGGUUUCGGUGGAAGAGGAUUUGGUGACCGCGACCGAGAUCCUCCGCCAAGAGAAGAAAGCAAACCUCGCGAGCGUCCGAAGCUGAACCUUCUCCCGCGCACGGUGCCGCUGGAGACGGAGCCGCCGCGGGCUUCGGAGGGCGCAGAGGAUAAACAGGACAAGCCCAAACCUGUACCAGCUGAGAAGGUGUUCGGAGCUGCUAAACCUGUCGAUACUGCUGCUAAAGAACGUGAGAUUGAAGAACGUCUUCGCAAACAAGAAGAGGAAGCGAGACGUGCUGUCGAGGAAAAGGAACGUUGGGGUAGAAGGAAUGACCAUUCCGGGGACCGGCGAGGCGGUGGCAGACGAGCAGAAGACCGCGGCAGAGAUUCUCGCAGCUACAACAGGGACCGACGCGACUACUCGAAAGACAGAGAGCGUCGCGACUACUCCAAGGACGAUAGAGAGAGACGCGACUACUCGAAAGACGAUAGAGAGAGACGCGACUACUCGAAAGAAAGAGACAGACGCGACUAUUCUAAAGACAACAGGGAGCGCCGGGAUUCGAGGGAGAGGCGAGACUACUCUAAAGAGGACACACGUGACUACAGGGACGACAAUCGCGACAACCGCGACAACCGCGACUACAGCCGUGACAGGGACAAGCGGGAUUAUUCCGGAGACCGCGACGAGCGCCCCAGGAACGACGGCCGGGAACCCUCGCCCGACCGCGACGGAGACCGCGAGCAGAAUGGCCGCGACAGGCACGACGACAAGGAGGAGAAACCACUGCCCAAGCUGAAGGAACAGGAGAAACCGAACUUUGUGGCUUCAAAUAAAUUUAGCUACCUUGAGGAGGCCGAGGACGUGGCGUUGGAAUAACCCACGGCGUGGCCCCGCUGCGCCCUGACUCUGUGUAAAGUGUAAAUUAACGAGUAUCGGUGUAGUGUCACGGAACUUGCACACGGACAAGACUGUGCUAGGACCCGGUUUAUAGUGCGGUGUGAUAGCGUGUAUAUUGUGUAUGUCGCCACCGCCUCGAGCCCGCCCCAGCCUUUAUGCUGACUUUCAACGGAAACUACAAAGUUAAAUGGAAAUAUAGCUUACAACUCUCCUGAACUUGAAAGAUAUAUUUAAUGUGAAUAGAGAUUUUUAAUGUUAUUGACUUUCAAGACUAAUUAUUAUUUGGUCUUCAUGAAGUGAUGAAAUAAGCAAUAAUUUUUCCAGAGAGCAGUGUAAAGGCUGGGGCUUUGUUUGUGGACUUGAAAUGGUGUAAAUUUUUCUAUGGGUUUGUUAAUGUCCUGUGAACGGCUAAAAGAAUGUGGUCGUGAUAAAUGCUGAUAAUUCCUAUGAUUGUUCUCAUACAGGUUUUUGGUAAUGGUGCUGUGUGACUCCGUCUGUCUGUCUGUCUGUAUGAUCGGCAGUGUAACACACACUUGUGCUAUUUGUAGACUGCCUCAUUUGGACUCAAUACAGCUAAAUAAGCAAUACCAUUAUGCAACAAUAGGGAAACCAUUUUUUUUUUUUUAUUUUAGUAUAUGUCUAUUAUAAAGUAUUUAGUCGAUUUAGAUUAUUAUUUAGAAUUUUAAUUGUAUUAUUUAUGUUUAUAUUCAAAAAUUGUUAAACACCAUCUGUUAAUGAAAUUUAUUCUAUGAUUGUAAUAAUGCCGAGCGGAACUAAGAUACCUAUGUGUUACAGGUAGAGGCCUGGUCACAAAUAAUUUUUUUGAUUUAAAAAUGUCAAUCAUGACAUAUUU